AUGGCAAAUUUCGGAAGUGCCGCUGUUGAUAUUGACAUGUUAGAAAAAGAAAUUGCUGCAAAGGAACAUGCCCGGCGAAGUUCUCCUAGUGAACUGUCGGGAAACAUCGCUGGCAUGGGUAGUUCGUCAAAACCCCGUUUCAUGCAAGAGGUUCAUCUGGACAGUGACUUUGACACAUUGGAUGAGCCAGUUUGGGACACUGUGAAACGUGAUCUUCGUGCGACUGCAAUGAAAUUCGGACAUGUCAUCUUUCCAUCUUCAGAUCGACAGCAACUUUUAAGGGAUUGGGAUCUUUGGGGGCCAUUGUUUAUCUGCGUGGGCCUUUCGCUUUUAUUGCACCAUAAUAACCCGGAUGGAUCCGCUCCACAAUUCACACAAGUGUUUGCCAUCACGUUUUUUGGUUCUGUUGUUGUUACGCUGAACAUAAAACUUCUUGGUGGUCAGAUAUCGUUCUUUCAAUCUCUGUGUGUUGUUGGUUAUUGCCUUCUUCCUCCAUUUGUGGCUGCGGUGAUAUGUUCGAUUCUUCUUCAUCGUCGUUUAUUCAUUAUUCGACUUGUAAUAACAGCAGUAGGCUUUUUGUGGUCAACGUUCGCUGCCAUGGGAUUUUUGGUUGGUUGCCAACCCGAGAAGAAGAGAUUUCUCGUCAUAUAUCCUGUAUUCCUAUUUUAUUUCGUUGUCAGUUGGAUGAUUCUAUCUGUUUCUUAG